AGACGGACGGCCUAUAAAUACGUACGCACGGGCCUUCUUCGACCAGCAAGCAUCACACCGGACGUACACAGCUAGCUGCCCAGCUCUCAAAGCCUCGCUCGAAUCAUCAGCUAGCAGCCUCGAAUCAUCACCAUGGCGUCUGCCGGCCGCCGUCCCACGGUGCUCAUGCAGAUCGCUCUCUUCUUCGUCGUCGCGGCGGUCAUCAUGAACAGCUCCGUCUGCCUUGGAGCCGCCGCCGGCGACGCCACUGCAGGCUCUGGUGCUUUCGACCCUAACCGCCCUGCUGUCCCGUCGACGGGUGGUGCUGGUAAACCCUACACCGGCCGUCGGUGCCUCCCUAAGUACCGCUGCUACCCACCGGCUGGUGGCCAACCCUAAGUAAGAAGUAAGAUGCACCCGCCCGCGCCGAGACCCCGUCCCCCAAAAAUAAUGCAAGGAUCGAUCGAUAUAUAUGUAUAUACUAUAUGCAUGCAUGCACGCAUGCCUCCGACGUGUCUAUGCGAGUUAUUCUAUUGCCAUGCAUCACCUUAUACUCCUACACAGUAAUAUUGUUUCCUGUACUAUUUACACUCUGAAUAAAACUGGAUAUAUAUUGCUGCA